CUGAACUUUCAUCUGCGUUCAUCAUAAACCAGUAUGAAGGAACAAAGCGGGAACUUGGAGAAUUUGCAGAAGGUCGAUUAAAACAGAAAUAUAAGUUAUUUACCCGGAUUCUGUGUGAUAACACAGAAAGAUAAAGGUUUGUAAAAUGAUGUCUGAUGCCAGUGAGAUGUUGGCAGCAGCCUUGGAGCAGAUGGAUGGCAUAAUUGCAGGAUCCAAGGCCAUGGAUUUCUCAAAUGGUCUGUUUGACUGCCAGUCUCCCAGGUCACCCUUGCUGGGCAAUCUCCGUGCUGUGCAUCUUCUGGAAGACCUCAGAGGGGCUUUAGAACUGAUGGAUGCAGAAGAGCGGGCGAAUCUGCGAAACCAAGUACCCACCAACACGGCAGAGGGCCUGAUGGAGUGGCUGCAAUCCAGAAUGACUAAUGGAUCUGCAGCUGGGAAUUUGGUAUAUCAGGAGCGACUGUCUCGUCUAGAGAGUGACAAGGAAUGUUUAGUGCUCCAGGUAAGCGUUCUGACGGAUCAGGUGGAGGUUCAGGGAGAAAAAAUAAGAGACCUAGAGAUGUGCCUUGAGGAACACCGGAUGAAGCUUAACGCCACUGAAGAAUUAUUGCAGCAGGAGUUGCUUUGCAGGAGUACAUUGGAGACACAGAAACUAGAGUUGUUGACCGAGAUAUCCAGUCUACAACUGAAGCUAGCAACUCUGGACCGAGGGAACAUAGAAAGUGAGGAAGAUCUGAUGGCACUGCAGAGGCAGCUGGAGGAGAAAGAGCAGGAGCUGAGGAGACUGAAGGAACAAACAGAAGCAGAUGUUGCCUUGGAUAACACCCAGAACCGAGAGAAAGAUUUGGAAGUGCAAAGAAUGAAGCAGACUGUUCAAUCUUUAAUAGCAGAUAAUGAUGAGAAGGAUCGUAAGAUCGAGGAAUUGCAGCAGAUGUUGCUGCACUAUAGGAAAGUUCCGGACACAGUACUGUCAUUACAGGAAAAUAAAGACAGAUCCAAUGAUGAGGACAUUGUGGUGGGACAGUGCAAAGGCUCAGCCAACUCGAAAAUCAUUACAGUUAUAGAGCCUGUUUCCCUGGAAGGUGCAGAGGAGACAGAUGAGCCUCAGGUGAUCCCAUGCACUGAGUUUGUCUCGGAGUCUGAACCCCCCUGCAUGUCUGAACCCAAGUCUUCAGAGCAGCACCCCUCAACACUCAGUUCAUCCAGGGAUCUUGCAUCAGGACGUUCAGCUAAUAAAAAGCAGACUGAAUCUGUGGAUGGUUCAGAGAAAAAGAGCUUCCCUCCAGCAGUGUCCCAGUCCAACUCAACUGAGCGCUUUGGCACCAGAAAAAGUCGAGCAUCUUUUGGACGUGGCUUCUUUAAGAUUCGAAGUGGAAAGAGAACAGCCAGCACUCCUGAUUUGGCAGCUGAUGCAGAGCAGAAAAGGACUGAGCAUUUGGAUUUGGCAGGAGCUCCAUCUCCCAAAGCAAAAGGGGAUGGAUUCUCCCCUGAUGGCAAGAAGAAAGCUAAGGGAAUCCGAAAGUUCUUUGGACUAAUGAGAAGGAGUCAGUCAACAUCUUCUAACUUGGAUGAUGCUCCUGAGUCCGAGUUUAGGAGAGGUGGUGUCCGAGCAACAGCAGGCCCAAGACUUGGCUGGUCACAAGACUUGCAGCGCAGCAAUAACAAUGAACUAAAAACAACAUUUGGUUCCUGGAGUAAAGUGCAGGUGUGUGAGUGGCUGCAGGAACAGGGACUGGGUCUGUACGUCAGCCAAGCUCAGCAGUGGAUCCGAUCUGGACAGAUGCUAAUGAAUGCCUCACAGCACGACCUGGAAAAAGAGCUGGGUAUCAGGAAUCCUCUUCACAAAAAGAAACUUCAGCUGGCACUUCAGUCUCUGGGUUCUGAGGAGGAUAACUCCAAAGGCAAACUGGACUUCAACUGGGUUACUCGGUGGCUGGAUGAUAUCGGCUUGACUCAGUACAAGUCCCAGUUUGAGGAAGGGCUGGUGGACGGGCGCAUGCUUCACUACAUGACUGUGGAUGAUUUGCUGGGUCUGAAAGUUGGCAGUGUCCUUCACCAUCUUAGCUUAAAGAGAGCCAUCCAGGUGCUGCGCAUCAACGGCUAUGAGCCCAACUGCCUCCGACGCAGACCUUCAAAUGAGAAUAUCAUCACACCAGCUGAGGUCUGCCAGUGGACCAAUCAUAGAGUGAUGGAGUGGUUGCGCUCAGUGGACUUGGCAGAGUAUGCACCUAACCUUAGAGGGAGUGGAGUACACGGAGGCCUGAUGGUUUUGGAACCUCGGUUCAAUGUGGAGACAAUGGCUCUUCUGCUGAACAUCCCACUCAAUAAGACUCUGUUGAGGCGUCACCUGGCCACCAACUUUAAUUUAUUAAUCGGUGCUGAAGCAGAGAGAAUUAAGCAGGAGUGUUUGGAGAACCCUGACUAUACACCACUUACUGCCACAGCUAAAGUGAAGCCAAGACGUCUGUCAUUCGGUGGUUUCGGGACAUUAAGGCGAAAGCGACAGGAGGACAGUGAGGAAUACUUAUGCCCCAUGGACAUCCAGAUGCCCCAGAAUGGCAACUUUGACAAAGGACAGUGCAUUUAUGAGGACAGUCUGGAUCAGCUGGAGCAGAUGGAGGACUCUGAAGGCACUGUAAGGCAGAUAGAAGAAUUUUCAGAGGGAAUAAUCAACCUCACUAGUAUGCUGAAGGAGGACAAGCUCUUCGUGGAGGUAUCGUCCCACUCUCCUGAUACCUCAUACUAUGACUCUAGCACAUAAAGAUCAGACCUGUUGUACAGGAUGAGUCUGCAGCUUCAAAGUUCUCUGACUGUUACACAGUUCCAGCAGUGGAAGCAUGUUGGAUUUCCAGUUUCUUAAACUGUGAAGGUUUUUACCUCUGACUGCCAAGAUAGUAUUUUUGACAAUCAUUUGAUGAAAACUGAAUGUCUUAUUUAUUUUUCUACCAUCAGCAGUAUAUGCAGUGUUUCAGUAUUCAUGAUAAAACAGUGCCAAAGAAAAGCUGCAAAGAAUGACAAACACUUUAAACAUUAAUUUUAAUCAUAUUGUUGCCUAAUGUGUUUUUCUUGUUCUUGUAUUCUGUUUUGUUUGUGUAUCACUACAUGUUAUUUUGUACUGUAUUCGAGCACAUAGUACCUGUCUGGUACAUUGGGAGGGAGAAUCAUGUUCUCAUUAAAGCAUUUAACCUGCACAGCAUUUUUAGUUAUGUAACCAAAAUGUUCACUUGUGUUUGCUGUUUAUGAAUCUAAGCCAAUAAAAGU